AUGCGUGAAGCUCUGAGUAAGGAAACAUGUGGGCUAAGUGAGAAACGUAUCAAUAGAGUCGUGAAAGCGGACCUAAAAAGAGUUGCGGAGGACUUCUUUUCACCCUAUGGUCGCUUGUGCAAAAAAUUGGUUGAUGAGAGUGUAAACAAGGUGGUAAGAAUGCAACACCAACUUUCACCCGAGCACCAGGCUGCCUGGAGCUCCGACGAUCCGUGGUCCAGUGCAGUUAUUCUACCAUCAGCGGAUACACGGAAGGUGACGAGGCGCUUAUGGAAGAGCGACUCGGACGCGUUCUUCCAGUUGUGUAAGAACGUGCACGUCGACUGGACGAAGCUUCCGGAAGCGGUAGCGACAGCGGCUAAGGUCUUCCUCGUCGACGUCGCGGCGACAGGCAAUGUCGAAGCUGCAGCAGUCCAGACCAUGGCUCACUUUUGUGCAUCGGGGUACGUCCAAUUUCUCAUGCGGCCAUCGGGCAACGGACCACGAGGGAGCAUCGAACCGUGGACUCCAGAGUGUGAGCACACCGCAUUACGACUUGAACACACUUUGUACGAAAAGGGCUGUUCAAGACUCGAUAUUUGGGCACAAGGGUGCGAUGUGCUUCAGCAAAUUUGUGGAAACAUUAUUGCUAGAAGCAUCCCGCCUGACAGUGAGCAAUUCAUUGAGUCUCUCCCCGCACCCGUAGGUUACCAUGUCUACGUUUUGGAAACAGUACAUGAGAAUGGCACCUUUCUCUUCGACCCCACAAACCAAGGCGCUAGCUGGUGUUUCAAACGCUACUCAGAUGAACUGUGA